AAUAAUACAUAAGUCAUUUAAUUGUGAAUAGGGUGAAAUAAAAUGGUUAAAAAUUUAUUUAGUACCAUAGGUAUGGGAAAAUAGGGCUAAUAUUUUUUUGUUUUUUCUCAAAAAUUGUAAUUAUUGUUAAAUUAAGAAGAUAUAAGUGAUAUAUUAAAUAUUAAAAAAAUGAGUCUCAUGAAAAUAAUCAAAUAAAAUAAAAUAAUCCGAUUUCGAAUCUAGUCACAUAACAAAAUCAAUUUUGAGGAUAAUCAAUAACUGCUGAUAUUAAAUUAGGCAUGUAUUAAAUGUCAGAUCAAAAUUUCCCAAAGGAUUAUACAUAUCGAAAUAAUUAAAAUAAAAACAAAAAUCACCAUUGGAAUUUAAAAUUAAAUUUUAAAAAGAUUAAAGAUGGCAGAUAAUGAACAGAAAGCGUUGCAGCUCAUGGUUGACGCAGAGAAGAAAUUGCAGUCCAAAGGUUUUUUGGGUGGAAUAUUUGGAGGAGGGAAUAAAGUAGAUGAAGCUAUAGAAUGUUAUCAGCGAGCUGGAAAUAUGUUCAAAAUGAGUAAGAAUUGGAAUAAAGCAGGCCAGGCGUUUUGUGAAGCAGCCAAUUUACAUUCAAGAGUUGGAAGCCGCCAUGACGCAGCUACUAUGUAUGUUGAUGCUGCAAAUUGUUUUAAGAAGACGGAUGUGGAUGGAGCAGCAAAUUGUUUGAUCAAAGCUAUUGAAAUAUAUACUGAUAUGGGAAGAUUUACAAUGGCCGCGAAACAUCACCAAACUAUUGCUGAAAUGUAUGAAUCUGAUGAAAAUACCUUACCUAAAGCAAUCCAGCAAUAUGAGCAAGCUGCUGAUUAUUUUAAAGGUGAAGAAUCGAAUAGUUCUGCUAACAAAUGUAUGUUAAAAGUCGCCCAAUAUGCUGCGCAGAUGGAAGAUUACGAUAAGGCCAUACAAAUUUAUGAACAGGUUGCUACCUCAUCACUUGAAAGCUCUUUGUUGAAGCAUUGUGCCAAGGAAUAUUUCUUUAGAGCUGCUCUUUGUCACUUAAGUGUCGAUUUAUUAAAUGCUCAGCAUGCUUUAGAAAAAUAUGCUCAGCAAUAUCCAGCUUUUCAGGACUCUCGAGAGUGCAAAUUGGUUAAAAAAUUAUGUGAACAUUUGGAAGAACAGGAUAUUGAAGGUUUUACCGAAACAGUUAAAGACUAUGACAGCAUUUCAAGACUAGAUCAAUGGUACACAACAAUUUUAUUGAGAAUUAAGAAAGCAAAUGAUGAAAGUGCAGAUCUACGAUAAAUAAAAAAACUAUGUAUUAAGCGUUGUUGUUCUCUUAAAUAUAUUAAAACAAGGAAUAUAAAAUCAAGAAAAUCAAAUUAGAAAAAAAACUGUGUUGCAAUUAUAGGUAAAUGUUGCUUUUCCCUAUCUUCCCACUCUAGCUUAAUUUUAAUAUGAAAUAAAAUUAAAUUUGAUCAUUCCAGAUAUGUAUAUUGAAUUUAAAUAAAUAUUAUUGAAAUUAUACAAAAAGUAAUUAUUUAUUUAA